AUGAUCUCACAUUUCACUCAUCUGACAAGUAUCGAUCGAAGUUUGCGACUGAAAAAUUUGCCGAGAGAUGCUUUCUUGAUAAAGGACACCUAUGAAAUCAUAAGUGUGGGCUUCAUAGGAUAUCCAAAUGUUGGGAAGUCUUCCAUUGUGAAUACGCUACGGAAGAAAAAAGUAUGCAAAACGGCUCCGAUUGCUGGAGAAACAAAGGUAUGGCAAUAUGUCAUGCUUAUGCGAAGGAUUUACAUGAUAGAUUGUCCCGGAGUCGUUUAUCCGCAAGGUGACUCAGAAACGCAGAUUAUUCUUAAAGGAGUUGUUCGCGUUGAAAACGUAAAAGAUCCAGAGAAUCAUGUACAAGGCGUCUUAGACCGUGUGAAAGUGGAACAUUUAAAGAAACAUUACGGAAUCGAUGACUGGACGGAUGCGGAGGAUUUCAUGACGAAAAUCGCUAUCAAACAAGGUCGACUUUUGAAGGGAGGUGAACCUGAUAUCACUGCUAUAGCGAAAUCUGUGCUGAACGAUUUUCAACGUGGUAAAUUGCCAUAUUUUGUUGUUCCACCUGGAUGUGAAGAACGUGCUGAAAAGGAAUAUGACGAGGCUCCUAUGACGGAAACGUGUGCUGAUGAUGAUGAAACGAUUGGUGAGACGAAGAGCGAAAUAGGGGAUGGAGAUGGAAAUGAGGAAGCAGGCACUUCAACUAGCGCAGACAAUAGGGACGACGAAGAAAUGGACGAGGACGAUGAUUUAACUGACGUUGGCUCGUUAUGCUCUGGUCUCAGUGAUCUUUCUGGAGUCAGCGACCUGGAAGAGGACUUCGAUGCAAUGCAUUCCGAUGAAGAAGCCAAAGAUAGAAAGGAGGCGCAGAGAAAUGCGAUGGCUCCAGGGAAACGAGGCAGAGGCGUCCGCGCUGGUAAAAAGCAUGACAAGAAGCGGCGUAUAGGUGGAAAGUCGAUAGUGGAGGCAGCAGGAUGUUCAUCGAAAAUGCCUGGUGUCGUCGAUUUUGGUACUAAGAAUGCUAACCAUAAGAAAAACAACCAGUGGAAGAGAAAACUCCAGAAGAAGCAAAAAAUUAAACACCAACAAUAA